GACUGGCUGGGUUGGGUGAGCUGCCUCAGUCGUCGGCUGACAGCGGUGGUGGACACACGUAACGCUGUGUUCCUCGAGUCCGCCCCAACCAUGAGUGUCUACAGCCGCCACCUGCCCGCCGCCCUCACCCCCCCUCACACCCAGGCUCAUUACCUACCUGUGGAUGGAUAAUUACCUGCUCGGCCAUCGUUAACAAAGUAACUGCUGAAAUACUCAGUGCUGUCAGUCAGACAACAUUUGGGAAACUUUGUGGAUUUGUGUCAGCGAGCAGAUGGACCGCGGAGCUGAGUGGGCAGCAGCAGCCAGAGACGUCGCCUGCGUGGUGUCCAUGUGAGGACACACUCAGCAGGCUUCAUCCUCUAUUCUAGUCAGUACCAGAGGUGGCCAGGUGGACCUCCCCAUCCACGCCCACAUCCCUCUAGUCAACACCCACCACCACGCCCAUCCACCACAAUCUAUCACCCCGCGGACUCCCACUAUAUCCGUGUCCGGAGUGUGUCUCAUUCUAGUCUUGGGUCUCUAUAAAGUGGCCAGCGAGGAAGUGUAAAUAUUUGUACGGCUGGUCUUGGAUUCUUACAGUGUACGAGGAGGAUUACAGUGUACUUAUGGUGUGUGGUGAGGAGUAUUAGCCAGUGUGUACGUGUACCCACAUUCAGUACUUGAUACGGACAGUGAAGAGAAUUGGCGAAUACAGUGACUAGAGCGACCGUGUGCGUGAACUGAACUGGCGUUGUUGUUCUGUACGUGAGACAGUAGUAGCGGCCAGGGCCUUGUACUGUACGUGUAGUGGGUACGUGAGGAACGACUGUCGCCAAGAUGAAGUACGGCGACAAUUUCGUGCGCUCGAUGCGUCGGUCGCUGAGGAUCAAGAAGAGCAAGAGUGUCACCAUCACCAACAAUAACACCAUCAAGCGCAAGUCCGACUCGUUCGUUAACUCUCAGGAAUGGACGUUGUCGAGAGGCGUCCCUGACCUGCGUUUGGGUAUCGUCGGGUCGCUCUCCUCUGGCAAGUCCGCCCUCGUCCACAGAUACCUGACGGGGUCCUACAUGCAGGAGGAGAGUCCCGAGGGCGGCCGGUUCAAGAAGGAGAUCGUCCUGGAUGGUCAAAGUUACCUGCUCCUUAUCCGUGAUGAAGGAGGCCCUCCAGAACUACAGUUCACGGCCUGGGUGGACGCCGUGAUCUUCGUCUUCAGCCUGGAGAACGAGUCCUCCUUCAACGCCAUCUACAACUACUACGCCAAGAUGGCCCACUACCGCAACACUGCCGAGGUCCCCCUCAUCCUAGUGGGCACUCAGGGUGAGUACCAACCACCACUCUUUUGUAGGGGAACUCAUUUUGUACCUUCUUACUCUGCCUUGCAUUUCCCAGGAACACACAAAAACCUAUACUGGAAUUUCAUCGCAGUGUUGGGGUCCAUGUUGGUGGUGUAGCGGAAAUGUGUAAGU